AGCUUGUUUAAAGGCGUCCAGCGCACGCCGCGGAUCCUCACUUCCUGGUCAAAGAUGGCGGAUGAGAAUGAGACAGCACCGAUCCCGGAGAAAGAAGAUGUAGAGGACCACGGACACUGUAGCGACUGUGAAAAUGAAGAGCACCAUUUGGACGACGGUGACCGGGCUGAUGACACUGGCGCCAAGAAGAAGAAAAAGAAACAAAAAAAGAAGAAAAAAUCUGGUGCCACAGAGGCAGCUCAGGAUCCUCUUGCUAAGGUAAAUUCACUGCCAGCUGAUAAGCUACAGGAGAUCCAGAAGGCCAUUGAACUGUUUUCUGUCGGCCAAGGUCCGGCCAAAACCAUGGAGGAGGCCAGUCGGAGGAGUUAUCAGUUUUGGGACACACAACCUGUGCCCAAACUUGGAGAGACUGUUACGUCGCAUGGAUCCAUCGAACCUGAUAAAGACCACAUCAGAGAAGAGCCAUACAGCCUCCCUCAGGGCUUCAGCUGGGACACCCUUGACCUGGGGAACCCUGCUGUGCUUAAGGAGCUCUACACUCUCCUGAAUGAGAACUAUGUAGAAGACGAUGACAACAUGUUUAGAUUUGACUACUCUCCUGAGUUCUUGCUCUGGGCUCUGCGACCUCCAGGUUGGCUGCCUCAGUGGCAUUGUGGGGUUCGAGUGAACUCCAAUCAGAAGCUGGUCGGGUUUAUCAGCGCCAUUCCAGCCACCAUUCGCAUCUAUGACGUAGAAAAGAAGAUGGUAGAGAUCAAUUUCUUGUGCGUCCACAAGAAGCUGCGAGCCAAACGGGUCGCUCCAGUUCUGAUCCGAGAGAUCACCAGACGGGUCAACCUUCAGGGCAUCUUCCAGGCGGUUUACACUGCCGGGGUGGUACUGCCCAAGCCUGUGGGAACGUGCAGGUACUGGCAUCGCUCUCUGAACCCACGGAAACUAAUUGAAGUGAAGUUCUCCCAUCUGAGCAGGAACAUGACUAUGCAGCGCACCAUGAAGUUGUACCGUUUGCCUGAGUCACCAAAGACUUCUGGUCUGCGACCAAUGACCAAGAAGGAUGUGCCAGUGGUGCAUCGCCUCCUCCGAGAGUACCUUAGCCAGUUCAGCCUGGUUCCUGCCAUGAACGAAGAGGAGGUGGAACACUGGUUGCUCCCACAGGAGAACAUUAUUGACACAUAUGUGGUAGAGAACAAUUGCAAAGUGACAGAUUUCCUGAGUUUCUACACACUGCCUUCCACCAUAAUGAAUCACCCAGUACAUCGCAGUCUUAAAGCAGCGUACUCCUUCUACAAUGUCCACACCACCACCCCACUGCUGGACCUGAUGUCUGACGCCCUCAUUCUGGCCAAAUCGAAAGGCUUCGAUGUCUUUAAUGCACUGGAUCUAAUGGAAAACAAGACUUUUUUAGAGAAGCUGAAGUUCGGCAUUGGAGAUGGGAAUCUACAGUAUUAUCUGUACAAUUGGAAGUGUCCCAGCAUGGGGGCAGAAAAGGUUGGUUUGGUUCUGCAGUGACAUCCGUUUGCACCACAAGAGCGUGUCAACAACGGGACUGAAGACCGCACCAUGGACUGAUGACAUCUUGCUUUCGGGAAAAAAUGAAAUCCACCACCCAUUUUUAGUUUCUGACCUUUUGAACUUUGACCUGCACAACUGCUGCCAGGUGUACAGGGGCUGGGAGAGCCUUCAGGUCCCCCCCACCCCUCGCUCGACCAUAUGGACAAUAAGCCAUUGUAGUUUUCAUUGCAAACAACUAUAUUUCCUCUGAAAGCUGUCUGAAAUAGCACCACAGCACACACCAACACAACUGAAUUCACUCACUCCUGGCCAUCUGUUUUCAAAGCUUCAACAUGUAUAUAAUAAGACUGACAUGACUGCGGUUAAUACCCUAUUACACAUGCAGAGUAGAAUCUUUUUGAUUUUAUCCUUAAAUAUUGGAAGUGCUAAAAUAAAAUGCAAAUCUAAGUUUUAAAAUAGAAAAAAAAAAAAUCAAAAUGGGUGAAGGGUUUUAAAGAGGAAGCUGAAAAAGAUUAUAUGAAAACCAAAAACAGACUUAAGAUAAGGGCUUCUAGCUAGUUUUUUUUUUUUUCUUUUCAUGCUUGACCCUUUCUUUUUAGCUCUGUUCCAUUAAGGUUGCUCUACAAAUUAAACAGAGUUGGUGUUCAUCUUUUUUCAAGCUCCCCUCAUUUGUCAGAUUUUUUGUGACCAUCCUUUUGGGAUUAUUUAACCAAGGAAACAUGGAAAUGCAGACCGAUCAUGCAUCUGGUUAGCAGGAGGAAGGGGCGGAGGGGUGCAACUCCACACACAUUUAUCAGUAGGGAUGACAUAUUUUAAUUUAAAUGUGCACCCGGUUGAAUAAUGUUACCCCUCGGUUUCCCACAGCAUCCUGUGAAUAUGUUUUCUAAAAAUUAAUGGCUUUUUAGGGCAAGAUCAGGAUAUUUAAUCCUCUUAUUCAGCCCAGGAUCCAGGUAACUGUCGUGGAAAGUUGAAAAGUAUUGUCUAAAGAAUUAUUGAAAUGUAAACCAACAUGGAGCUGUCAGAAAGUUUCCAGAAAUGUGCCUGCGUUCCAGUCUGCACUGAUAUUCAUGCCAGUUAACUUCAUGCGAACGACCAGGACAAGACCACACACUAACAUUACCCCCACAGCAUGAAAUAUUUCAACAUAUCCUACAUAUUGACUACUUGGCUGCUGUCAAAUUGGGUGAGGUUUUAUGUGAAUGAUGGAGUCACAAUUUGUAGAGGUGCUGGGUGGAUGACGUUGCCUCUAAUAAAGUGUUUCUUAUGUAAAA